GUGGUGAGAUCGAUGAAGUGGCAGGCAGAGGGAAGAGGAGGAGGAGGAGGAAAAUCUCACGAGAUAAUGAAAGAACAAGAGGAGAGCUGCUAGUGUAGAGCAAAAAACGAGGCUAGAACGGGACAUUUUUUUGGAGUGAAAACCAAAGACUAAAAAGAAAGAAAAAACAAAGGAACGAAAAGACCGAGAGAGAUUCGCCUGUAACCGCAGAUGGUUUUUGUUGUCGGGUUUUGGUGAAUGUUGCACCCCGGGGCGCAGCGGACCAAUUGUGCGAAUCUGCAGGGCUGCUCGGUGACAGAGUCGGAGAGAUGCACAGGACGGACGAGAGUCGCGGACGGGCUCUGAGAAGUGGAUAAUACAGGCACAAAAGCGAGGCUUUUGCCGAGGAACCCAGCUGAGCACCAAAGAGACAAGCAGAGCGCUGAUGCACAAGCGAGAAUAAAAUCACAGCUAGAGCUCCUAAUGCUGUUGCAAUCUCGUUUUCUGGGAGUUUGAAGGAGUUUGAAGACAGUACUUAACGUUAUCAGAUAAUUAAUUAGACACCCUAUAAGCCCGGAAAUCAAUUAAUUCACAAAUCAAUAAAUCCAUAGUCUGGUGUAACAAGAGACCUUACAGACUGUUUGCCCAGUUGUCGAAAAACAAUAACAAGAGGAGACCAACCACUCAUAGAGGCAAGAAAUACAACUUUAUCUGCUGAAAUUAAUGAUGGAUGGGGGUCUAGGGGAGAUGUCCCUCCACAGCCACUCGGAUCUGGCUCACAGCCAGGAUGGCAGGGCCAUGCUGCACUCCCGGGACCUUUCAGCUGCUUUCCCCAGGCCUUCCCUUGGGGGCUCCUCCAUGUCUCUGGAACCCGAGCCCCGUCCACCAGGCUUUGACCACUCCAUGUCAGCACUGGGCUACAGUGGCGAUUCCCCAUCCAGCUCUGGCAGUACUUACACCACGUUGACACCCCUGCAGCCCUUUGAUGACAAGUUCCACCACCACCACCAUCACCAUCAUCCCUGUCUCCCUGUCAGCAAUGUUAUUGGCAGCUUUACCCUCAUGCGUGAAGAUCGAGGCCUCAGCACCAACUUCUACAAUCCUUAUGGCAAGGAACUGGCCAUGUCCCAAAGCCUGUCACCUCCAUCCACAGGAUCAGGCCUGGGUUCCUCCAUGCAUGGCUAUGGCAGUCUGGGCAACAGCCCUAAUGGCAACGGCAGCCAGAUGCUCCCUGGUGGCUAUGAUGUCCAUGGAGGGAGCCUUUUCUGCCGAACAUCGGAUUUUGGCCGAGAGAUGUCACCACCAGGCUUAGGAGGAGGUGAUGUUUCAGUGGGGCAUCAGCUAAAUAAAAUGGAGACUCACCAGCAUGCCCCAGGCCAUCACCCACACAUCUAUACACAGCACUACCAGCCCCACCAUCACCCGAGCCAGCAAGCCACCAAGAUGGGUGACCACCUGCACUCAUCGUCUGCCUCAUCCUCACCCAGUGAGGGCAUGCUGCCGGGCUCACAGGGCAGUGGAGGCAGCACUGGAGAGGAGAUCAACACCAGGGAUGUGGCCCAAAGGAUCAUCACUGAGCUGAAGCGGUACAGCAUCCCCCAGGCCAUCUUCGCCGAGAGGGUUCUGUGUAGGUCACAGGGCACACUGUCUGACCUCCUGAGGAACCCUAAGCCCUGGGGCAAGCUCAAGUCUGGCCGUGAGACCUUUAAAAGGAUGUCCCGCUGGCUCCAGGAACCUGAGUUUCAAAGAAUGGCCUCGCUCAGGCUUGAGGCCUGCAAGCGUAAGGAGCAGGAGCAGAACAAGCUGGAGCGCAACCAGGGCCCGAAGCGCACUAGGCUGGUGUUCACAGACCUGCAGCGGCGUACGCUUAUGGCCAUCUUCAGGGAGAACCACCGCCCAACCAAAGAGCUGCAGGUCACCAUCGCCCAGCAGCUGGGCUUAGAGCUCUCAACUGUCAGCAACUUCUUCAUGAAUGCCCGCCGACGCAACCUCAACAAGUGGGCAGAUGAGGGCCGUCCUUCUUCCACCGGUUCCUCGGGCUCCAGCAUUUCCUCCUCCGCAGUGUCCUGCAGCACGGCAUGAUGAUAGACCGUCGCGGAGGUGUGGUGGGUAGGGCGCUGAGGGAGCAAGGGGGCACAUAGACUGGUCUAGGCAGAGAUCAGCCGUAAUAAAUGUCCUCCUCGUUAUCAGAAGGAGGGAUGGAGCCAGCUAUUAUAGAUGAGUUUAUGAAGAUGAAGCAUUUUUUUCCCAAACCAAAGUUGAUUGUUCCCUUGAAAAGGAAGGGGCAAUGCCUAGAAUGAUAUGAUUGCAAGAUGUGAGGUCUUGCUUGUAUAGUCAAGGGUGCAAAGAUGAUUUGACUCAAAGAAGAGUCACACCCUUACAUAGAUACCAUCUCAUUGCAUUAUUUUGAUUAUGUAGAUUAGAAAUAUUGAGGGUAUUACAAAUCAGGAGGAAGCAUAUUUUGGUGUACCUUCAAAUCUAUUCUCAUCUCUCCAAACGUGAAGAAUCAAGAGGUGCCGUUUGCUCACAUCUGGAGAGCUUCAUUGUGUAACUUCUUAAUCAAGUGAUCACCAUCAUCCAAAGACAUUAAUCCUCCCCCAAUGUUCUUAUAGCCCUUUUUUUCCCCUCCAGAAUCAAGACGAAAUUGGAGGAAGAGGCACUUUUUUUAAAUUCUAAUUUUUUUCUUGGAGAACUGAAUUCCCUUUUCUUAGCAUGUGUUUCCAUGGUAAUGGUUCCCAGGACCGUAUGGCGUUGUUCCAAGUUCGGAGCCUGGAAUAAUCAGGAGGGUUCUGUAGCGUCUGUGACUCCCAAUUGUCAAUCAUUUGCCAUCAACAGGAGCCUCUUCUGUAUUGUGUCAAGAUGGUCCUACCUUGAAUGAAUCAGAGUUUUCAAGGGGGAACCGCAGCGCAUCUCACCGUAUGCCAGGACAGAAUCAAUAAACACGAGCAGGAUGCAGAAACAGACUUGUUGGUGCAGCCGUCUAGCUUUAAGACUCUCGCUGAGCUUCCAAAUGAAAGCUCCAUAGCCAUUUUUUUGGACUCAAAAUCAAGCCAAAAAUUAUAAAAAAAAAACAAAAAACCAAAAAAACCAAAAACAACAUUUGAACACAAAGGCUCCCUGGAGAAGAGGUACACCAGACACAAUGUAUAGUGACAUUGUAGUAUUUUUUUCCACUCAUUUCCAAACAACUGUAUACUCCUCCAUUACAAAAAUCUUUUUUUACAGAUGUCUAGAAAAUGGAGGAAUGUGAUUCUUUCCAACCUUUUUGUACAGAUUUCAAGCACAUCGCUCUAUUUAUAGAAACACGUUGGAAGUGUGGGGCAGUUUGUUUCAGCCCUGCUGACGUACAAGGUCAUUUUUUUGGUCCACAAAGGAAUGGCUUUAACCAUGCCUCCUUAUAGCCAAUAGACGAAUCAAACCAAGAACUUUUCAAAUGCAAUUAAUGAUCUGAUCAACAUAUUUAUUACGGCAUUUGUGUAUUUAUUGAUUUCCCUUUUUCCUUUCCUUUAUUUAUUUGGUUGUUUAUUUAUGCUAUCUAUAUACUGUAAGUAUUUAUUUAACGAUGCUCUGUAUGUCUGUGUGAAACUGAAGACUUUUUGUGAUGGGCACUUUUAGCUGUAGAAUCCCAUCGUAAUACCAAAGAUUAACAUUGCCUCCCUGAAUGUACGGCCUGAAACCCUAAACCCAGUACCCGAUUCAACCCGACCCAGCCUGACCCAGUGAUGUUACGUAUCUCUCUCUAUCUUUAAGGCCUGGCCGUUUUUGUUUUCUUUGUUUUUUGUAGAAUUUUGGGGAAUUCUUUACUCUUGCAAAUGUCUCUGCUGUCAGCUCUUAAAUGCCAAGGCCAAAGCUUGUUUGAAUGUUGUGAUAAUAUUUAUAAUUAAUAUUACUAUGAAUAAUGACAAUAAUAAUAAUAACAAAGACAAUGUGGCAUCCCAUAGGUUCACAAGUUGCUUGUAAAGUUGUGUUCAGACCAGUGCCAUCUGGCAGUGUGUGUAAAGUGUCUGGGGACCCACUUAAAGCGCUGUCUAAUGUUGCGCGUGAAUCCUUUGGGGUCACAUGCAAACAUGCGUACCGUGCAUACCCAUCUCCCUCACCUAACCCCUUCCCCAGUGCAGAUACUACUGUCUAUGUCCUUCUCAGUGUGAUCUCACCAUCCACCACAUGCCAAGGCUUCUGCUAGUUGUCUCAGUUCCAAGGGAUUUAGUAGGAUUCACUCCCAACUCCUAUCGUGUUUUCCUCCUCUUAGAGGAUGUUUUUCUCUUGGUUCUUAAGGUCUCAAGGUUUGUUUGUGUUUUAUGUGGUUCUUAAGGUGUGUUCCUCAUCUUCUGGGAAAUUGGGUUUAUGUACCCCUGGUUCUGAAAGUCUUAGGGAUGGGUUCCGUCCCAUCCAAUAGUUUGUCCCUGGUUUUAUGGUCAUCUUCACGUUUGUUUCUCAUCUUUUGGGGAUCUUUAAUUUCUUUACAAGGUCCUUUAGGUUUUUGAGUUUUGUCGCCGGCCUCCUAAAGUUCAGUCUUUAUAAGUCUUUGAUUUUCUUGUGAGGCUUGUGGGGUUUGUCAUUAGCCGUGUAAGAGGUUCACUGAUCUUUUCUAAUCAUUCAGAGUUUUGGAGUUUCUUCUAGGUCCUCCUUCCUUGCUUGGAUUUUCCAAUGGUCUGAAUGGUGGAUGCCUAAAUCUGGAGAAGUCACCCAAGAUUUAAUUCUCUGACUGCUGUCUAAAUGCUGCCCAAGAGUGGGAAAACUAGAUUGGCCGUUUUCAACAUUGACUCUUUCUCUGCCUCGUUUUCUCUCCCUUUCUCUGUCUUUAACAUUGUAAGGGGCGGAUUGCCGGGGCCCCCUUCACAGCGUGCACUUGAAAGACGGGUGGUCAUGAAAGAGGCCAUUGACUUUUUCGUGGACUUCAAAGGGGAGGCUUUUUUCAUCCCGUCUCCUCUCUGGGUAUCUGGUCUGGGGUCUGCUCUUGGCCAGACCUGUGGGCUUU